AUGGAACUUGAACCCAUUAUUGUUCCUAUUGAAGAAAAUGAUAGUGAAAUUCAACAACAAGAAGAUGAUAUAGAAAGUGAUGGUUACGAUCAAGUAUUUCAAUCGACAGAAUUUUGUCGUUGGAGGAAAAAUGCUCCUUAUUUGUAUAAUAUGCUUUUCUAUGAACUACUCGAAUGUCCAUCGCCAACUGUUCAAUGGCUUGAUCAACAUACAGUUAAAGGUGAUCUUAAAUGUGAUUAUUAUCGUUUAAUUAUUGGCACACAAGGUGGACGUACACCAACGGAUUCUCGCAAUGAAUUAAUCGUCGUUGAAAUGCGUCUUCCAAUGUUAGAAUACGAUUUUUCUAAGCAACCCGAUCAAGGCUUCGAUGAACUCACAGGUGAACAUGGCGGAUACGAAAUGGGCAUUCGAGGAUCAAUGCAUCCAUAUGCGCCUAUGUAUCAUGUUGGUGAUGUAAAUAAAUCCCGUGCUAUGCCUCAAAAUACAUUUAAAAUUGCAAGUUUUUCAUCGAUCAAUGAUAUUUUCCUAUUUGAUUAUAGUAAACAUCCAAGUAAAUUAAAUCCAGAUGGUAAAUGCCGACCACAAGCUAUUCUACGUGGACACACUGAUGAAGGUUUUGCUUUAUCAUGGCAUCCAAUGCAACAGGGUUUAUUAUUGAGUGGUGCUCAAGAUGGAAAAAUGUGUGUAUGGAAUUUAGAAAAAAUGCCAAAUAGUUCAACAACAACCACAACGACAGCUCAUAAUGGUAUUGAAUGUAAUACAAUAAUUGAUCCAGUUGAAAUAAUUGAUUCACAAAGAAAGCUUGUUGAUGCUAUUCAAUGGCAUCCAAGUCAUCCAGCUGUAUUCGGAGCAGCUGCAGCUUCAGGUACUUUACUUAUAACUGAUCUUCGUGCAUCAUCGGGCACUGCUGCACUUAUUGAUCCACUACUUUCAUCAACAUCAUCUUCAACAUCAGCAUCGAAAACUCUUCAGUUUCGUGUUAAAGUUCACGCAGCUGAUUGUAAUUGUUUAGCAUUUCAUCCUGCUAAUGAAUAUGCUGUUUUAACUGGUUCGGACGAUGCCACGAUAGCAUUAUGGGAUAUGCGAAAUCUAUCCAAAGAAAUUCGACGUUUUGAACAACGUCAUCGUGAUGGUGUACUAGAAGUAGCAUGGAGUCCAAUAGCACCAACUGUAUUUGCAUCGAGUAGUGCUGAUCGACACGUACUUGUAUGGGACAUUAAAUCGAAGGAUGGAGUUAUUUUUGAUCAUAAAGGUCACGAUGCACGUAUACCUGAUAUAAGUUGGCAUCCAACACGACCUAUGAUUGCAUCUGUUGCUGAAGACUCAUCAUUUCAAAUUUGGGAAGCGAAUAUCGUUGAAAAUCUUAUUAAUAGUAUUUAA